GCGGCGCGGCCUGUGCGGAGGGAGAGCGGCUGCGCCUGCGGAGACGGGAGCCCGGCGCCGGCGCUUGUCAGUGCGGCGGGGACUGCGGAGUCCGGUGGCGGCGACGGCGGCCGAGGACCCGGAAACCUGCCCGAGAUGAUGCCGAUGAUAUUAACAGUGUUCCUGAGCAACAAUGAACAAAUUUUAACAGAAGUUCCAAUCACACCUGAAACAACAUGUCGAGAUGUUGUGGAAUUUUGCAAAGAACCUGGAGAAGGAAGCUGCCAUUUGGCAGAGGUUUGGCGGGGAAAUGAACGUCCUAUCCCUUUUGAUCAUAUGAUGUAUGAACAUCUACAAAAGUGGGGGCCCCGAAGAGAAGAAGUGAAAUUUUUCCUUCGUCAUGAGGAUUCCCCAACUGAGAGCACUGAACAAGGUGGCCGUCAGAUCCAAGAUCAAAGAAAUCAAAGAAAUGGAAUAAGUACAUCUGCUGAGAAACAUACUGAAAAUGGGGUUGGGAAUCCGCGGGUUGAACUUACACUUUCAGAACUCCAGGAUAUGGCUGCUCGGCAGCAGCAGCAAAUUGAAAAUCAGCAGCAAAUGUUGGUUGCCAAGGAGCAGCGCUUGCAUUUUCUAAAACAACAAGAACGUCGCCAGCAGCAGUCUAUUUCUGAAAAUGAAAAGCUCCAGAAACUCAAAGAAAGAGUUGAGGCCCAGGAGAAUAAGUUGAAGAAAAUCCGUGCCAUGAGAGGGCAGGUGGACUACAGCAAAAUCAUGAAUGGCAACUUGUCUGCUGAAAUUGAAAGGUUCAGUGCCAUGUUCCAGGAAAAGAAGCAGGAGGUACAGACUGCAAUUCUAAGAGUUGAUCAGCUCAGUCAACAGCUGGAGGAUUUAAAGAAAGGGAAACUCAAUGGAUUCCAGUCGUAUAAUGGCAGAUUGAGUGGACCUGCUGCAGUGGAGUUGAAAAGAUUGUACCAAGAGCUUCAGAUUCGGAAUCAGCUUAAUCAGGAACAGAAUUCCAAACUCCAGCAGCAGAAGGAACUUUUAAAUAAACGUAAUAUGGAGGUUGCUAUGAUGGACAAACGAAUCAAUGAACUUCGUGAGCGUCUUUAUGGGAAAAAAAUUCAGGCACGUCAAAAAGAAAACAUUCCUUUAAAUCGGGUUAAUGGAACAUCAUCACCACAGUCAUCUUUGAGUGCAUCUGGCAGAAUAGCAGCAGUGGGGCCUUAUAUACAGGUUCCUAGUGCUGGGAACUAUUCUGUACCAGGUGAUCCGGUAAAGCCACAGUCUCUCACUAUUGCAUCAAAUGCAGGUCAUGGAAGAUCGAAGUCUGAUGGUCAUAGUAAACACCAGGGGCCUAGUUCAUGGACAGUGUCAGAUCUUGAUGUUGGACCUGACUACAGCUCUUCGCAUCACUCUGCAAACUCUGCAGUGCAGUUUGUAAACUCUAAUGAUGGAAACUGGUCAGCAUCCAGACAGAACUCCAGCACUUCAGUAAAACCAAUUCAAACAGCUAGUGUGGAAUGGAAGGAAUCGAGCAUGGAUGGGGCUUUCAAGCAAGUGACGAUAUCCAGCCAGCCUCUCCCCUUGUCAGCAUUAGCGGGCACUGAAAAGCCGGGCAUUGACAUUGGGAAAGCACCACCCCCCAUUCCGGGUACAAGUAAACAGUUGCCUCCGAACUAUGGAACAUAUCCAAGCCCGGUUCCUUUGGGUCCAGGCUCCACAAAUUCUUUGGAACGGAGAAAGGAUGGCAGCCUCCCUAGAUCUGGCACAGGCAUAACGAAUCGGCAGAAACCUGCUCCCCUACCCUCUUCAAGCAACAUACACCAGCCUAGUUCUUCACAACAGAUUCAGCAGAGGAUUUCUGUACCUCCAAGUCCUACAUAUCAGCCGUCUGGUCCACCAUUAUUUCCUUCUGGAGAUGGCAGGCCUGAUCUCCCAUUAACUGUGGCUAUCAGGCCAUUCUUGGCUGACAAGGGAUCAAGGCCUCAGUCUCCCAGAAAAGGACCUCAGACAGUGAACUCAAGUUCCAUUUAUUCCAUGUAUCUUCAGCAAGCUACCCCUCCUAAGAAUUACCAACAAGCUGUGUAUAACACUCUAAAUAAGUCCGUUAAAGCAGUUUAUGGGAAGCCCGUCUUGCCGUCUGGCUCCACUUCUCCUUCACCACUGCCCUUUCUUUAUGGGCCCUUGUCCUCAAACACGUCACAGCCACAGCCUCCUUCUGAGCUCACUGAGAAAGAUCAGGAGCAAGAAAACAUGCCACCAUCUGGUGAAAACAGUAAUGUGGAAAACAUUCCUCGGCCCCUCAGUCCCACUAAACUCACCCCCAUUGUCCACUCACCUCUUCGAUACCAGAGUGAUGCGGAUCUGGAAGCUCUGAGAAGGAAACUGGCCAAUGCCCCUAGACCCUUAAAAAAACGCAGUUCCAUCACAGAGCCAGAAGGUCCUAGUGGACCAAAUAUCCAGAAAUUGCUGUAUCAGCGCUUUAACACCCUUGCUGGUGGGAUGGAGAGUGCACCUUUCUAUCAACCAAGCAACGCACAGGACUUCAUAGGCACUUUAGCAGAUGUUGAUAAUGGGAAUACGAAUACCAAUGGAAAUCUAGAAGAACCUGUUCCUGCACAGCCUACGGUUCUUCCUCCUGAAGAACCUCCACCAUCAUCAGAUGCCAAUGAUAACGAAUUACCAUCCCCUGAAACUGAGGAGCUGAUUAGCACCGAAACCACCAACCAAGGCCCUGAGACCCAGGAAGAUAACAACAACAACGUGGCUGUGUUCCCAGCUGGUGAGCAGGCACUACGCCCCACCGUGGAGGCCAGCUCUCCCAGAGAAGACGAGGCCCCUGCUCCGCUGGCUCCUCCACCUGCUGGUCUUCCGGUCACCUCAACGACGACGACGACGCAGAUUAAACGAACUAACCUGAAGAAACCAAAUUCCGAACGGACUGGUCAUGGACUGAGAGUAAAGUUUAAUCCUUUGGCUUUGCUCUUGGAUGCGUCUUUAGAAGGGGAAUUUGACCUGGUGCAAAGGAUAAUCUAUGAGGUGGAAGAUCCCAGCAAGCCUAAUGAUGAAGGAAUCACUCCUUUACACAACGCAGUGUGCGCUGGUCACCACCACAUUGUGAAGUUUCUGCUUGACUUUGGUGUUAAUGUGAAUGCAGCCGACAGUGAUGGAUGGACACCUCUGCACUGCGCAGCUUCAUGCAACAGUGUCCAUCUCUGCAAACAGCUGGUAGAAAGUGGGGCAGCAAUUUUUGCUUCCACUAUUAGUGACAUCGAGACUGCAGCUGACAAGUGUGAAGAGAUGGAAGAAGGCUACAUUCAGUGCUCCCAGUUUUUGUAUGGUGUCCAGGAAAAGCUGGGUGUGAUGAACAAAGGAGUGGUCUACGCUCUUUGGGAUUAUGAAGCUCAGAACAGUGACGAGCUGUCGUUCCAUGAAGGGGAUGCCAUUACUAUCUUGAGGCGUAAAGAUGACAAUGAAACCGAAUGGUGGUGGGCUCGCCUUGGGGAAAGAGAAGGUUAUGUGCCUAAAAACCUACUGGGGUUAUAUCCACGAAUCAAACCUAGACAGCGAACCUUAGCUUGAACCUAUGGAGCAAAUGCAGUUUUGCCAUUGCCAGAAGUCCCUGAAGACCUAUCCCACUAAGAGAAUUGAAGCUGGAGAACUCUCAUUUUAAUGGUGCUCUCAUUAGCAGAAGAAACAUCUGCAGUUUAUAAGUGAGGCCCUUCCUUCUAAUCUGCCAGCAUCCAUGCAUGGUACUUGUAUGUCCACGAAUUCUGUAUUUUGCCAAUUACACCAAGUCAAAAUAAACAAAAGGCCUUCAAAAACAAUCACCCCUGUUGCCAAUAGAAAUACCAUAAACUAGUUGUUAGUUGCCAAAAACUAAAUUAAAUGUAUGUAAAGAAUUUCUUACAUCAUAAAGUGUUAUAGAAAUAUCAGGUGGUAGUCUUUAUGCAGAGUUGAGAAAAGGCAUUUGUGCACCCUAGGCAUGGUUGGAAAAUUGCCCCAAGGGCUUGAGGCUAACAUGUUUGGCUUGAUUUGGCCAUUGAGAAUGGAGUUUUCUGGCAUUCAGAGCGUGAUUAUGAAGUCUUAAUCAAAGUUCCCUAAUAUCCUCAUGUGUUGUGCUCUCGACCCCUAGUUAGUCCCCAUUUUGCUCAAUUCUAAUGCCAAUAAAUUUUUUAAAAUGGUUAUUACAUUCUUUCCCUGUUGGCUGCUUAAGACAGAUUCCUGCAAACUGUAUCAUGAUUGCCAAGUUGGAGGCUCUCUGUUGUAGCCCCUCUUUUCCCUCCCCAGUACCCCUAUCAUCUCUUUAUUUACCAAAGGAUCUCUUAUGGGAGCUUGUCAGUGUUAAUUACAAAAUGCAGGUGUUCUGUCUUAGAUCUAGAUUUUGAUAUCCUAUUUUGCAUUUUGUCGUGGAUCUGCCAGAGACUGUCAUUCACUUCCGCUGUUGAUUUAUUUAAGCGUUUGUAUUUCUUUGAGACCUCUGGUAUCAAAGAGCUUUUAAAAAGUUUAAAUGAAUGGUUUAAUUUAUUUGAAGAGCCUACUCUAAAUAGGUUCCCUCACUUCCUGAGUUGGCCAAGUUUGUUUAUAAAACCUUCACUGAUGUGUGUUUCUUAACACUAACAGCUUAAAUUUGUUCUGAAUCAGAAAGCAGUCAGUAACACUGGAGAUAGUCAAAUUAAGUCAAGGUUUAAAGGUAUGUCCAAAUAGACGGGAAAAGUAGUUGAGCAGAGUCAGAGCUUGUGUAAGUGACUGAGGGAUGCAGUGCUAGCAGUUGAAGGACUGAAUGAGCACUGAGAAUAUUACUCAGUGGUAGCAUUGUGGUGAAAAAAAGGAAAUGAAUCUGAGAUGGAAAUUCUAAACAAAGGUAAAAAGACGGGUGCAUUGAGCCAGGAGGAGGACAGUUGCUAUGCUUCUCAACGGUCCUACACCUAAUUCUGGGCCAGUUAUGCAAUAAUGUUGUCCACUAUUUUAUAGGUAAGAGGAAACUAAAAGCACUUCACUGGAGUUUGAACUAUAUGUAUAUGCUUUUAUAAACCAAAAAUUUUUUUUUAAUUUUAUCUUUGAGUUGUAGCCAUGUUGGAAAUAUGUUUCUCAUUAAAGUGUAGGAUGUUUUUUCAUGUAGAAGUCUUGUGUAUAAUUUAUAUAUGUAUAUCUAUAUAUAUAUAUCUAUAUAAAAACAAUUGAUGCAGUGCUGUAACUGAUCACAUUUUAGCAUUACCUGUACAUAUAUAUAUAUAUAUAUAUAUUGUGGCGAUGGAAAGUAAAAGGAUAUUGUUAAAAAAAAACUCGCUAUAUGAAUGUGACAGAAUCCCUAUUUCUAAGAGCCUUGACAAUGCUAAUUCUGAUGUAAAUGUGCACAAAUAAACUAUGGUUAUCCCUGACUUGGGUUUGAAUGUA